GGAAAUGGAGGUUUAGAUUUUCCUCAGACUUUCCUUAAAAAACGUCCAGCAUUCCUCCCCACCUUCCACUGGAUGCUUGGAAAUAGAGUACUUGCGGGGAAUACAAGGGGAGUGGCAAAAGCAGGAGAAGGAGUAGAGCAUUCUAGUAAAGAAGCUGUGGCACCGCGGUCAGGAUUUGUACACAACAGACCAGCAGCAUCGCAAGCUUUGUGAGUUCAUGAGGCAUGAGGUUGAUCUUGAGUUAAAGACUAGGUCUGGUCCUCAACCCAAAAUGGCAUACCUGCUGAUGUUUGUGACGCUGCUUCAUCUCAUCACGCUUGGCGUCCUCUUCAUUGCUACUAUGGAAAAGUCCUGGUGGGUUUGGGGGGAACGGGACAGCGCAGACCUCUGGUAUAGCUGUAAAUUCGACAACGACAAAGAGGUCUGGCUCUGCGCCUCAUCAAGAGAGAAUGACUGGCUUCAGGCAGUCCAAGUCCUAAUGGUCCUCUCUGUGGUCUUCUCGUCGGUGUCUUUCCUCAUUUUCCUCGGGCAGCUCUUCACCAUGUCGAAAGGGGGGCUUUUCUACGUCACCGGCCUCUGCCAAGUCUUCUCUGGUCUCACGGUGCUCACUGCAACCCUCAUCUACACGCUGCACAACAAAGAGAUCCUUCAGGACGCCCGGGAGUUGAGCCUGGGUCACUUCGGUUACUGCUUCAUAUUGGCGUGGGUGUGCGUGCCUCUGCUACUCCUCAGCGGCGUUAUGUACAUUCAUUUGCGUAAAAAAAAGUAGAGCCGCAUCACAAGGCUGUUGUUCUUUUAUAAUGAACUGAUGUUGAAAAUCAUGAAAACGCUGGCAGUUUCUUAGUAAUGUUAAACACAAAUGCUGGUCUGUGUGGCGUUUUUUUUUUUUUUUUUUCAUGGAACUGGAGCUGGGAAAAGUAGGCAUUUUGCAAAAUGACAAGGCAUCGCAGAAAAUGAAAAUGUAGUGAUAUGUAUUCUUGGGCUGUAAGCAUGUGUUACAUGUCGAACACAGGCCUUUUCGGGUAGUAAAAAAACUGUAAUAUCCAUGGAAAAAAAUGGCUUUAAAAAAUAGCUUUUGAACACAAAUGUCAGGCUUUUUAAAGAAUAAGGCUUUUAUUGCAGUUCCCUAGAAUAUUGUAGAAAAAUCUCAUUUAGAAAGUAUCACAAAUGCUGUAUUUUUGUCUAAAUAAAUGAAUCUA